AGUUAUCGGGUUUCCUUGUUUGUAAAGGGGUUGGGUUUUGAGGGAGUCGGAGGAAAAAGAAACGGUGAUGGGGCGAAAACGCGGUCGGCCUGAGUGGGAUCGCCGAUCAACCACUUCUAAACCUUCCAGUGAAUCUAAUCAUCCCUUGAAUCCCAACAAAGGCCGUAGUAUUGUUAUCAGUCUGCUCAUCUUCGUAGCCUGUCCUGCCAUUUCCCUAUACUUAUACCCUAUACUAUACGCUUCCAAUCCAGACGCUUCCAUUCCGAACGUCCUCGAUGUCACUUACCAACAGAUCCUCACUGAAAAUGCCAAAGUUUCAGAGAAUGCAAGUCGACAAUUUCCCAACCCUGUGCUGGCUUACGUUACACCAUGGAAUUCAAAGGGGUAUGAUCUAGCAAAGGACUUCAACUCUAAGUUUACUCAUAUAUCACCCGUGUGGUAUCAUCUUAAAAGCCAAGGGGCUGAGUUUGUUCUGGAAGGAAGACAUAAUGUUGAUAAGGGAUGGAUUUCAGAUCUUAGAAUGAAGGGACAUGCUCUGAUUUUGCCAAGAUUUGUACUUGAAGCGAUUCCUAUGGCUUUUCUAAAAGAGAAGAAGCAGAGGGCUAAAGUGAUUGACCUUAUAAUAGCUGAAUGCAAGGAGAUGGAUUUUGAUGGCAUUGUGCUAGAAUCAUGGUCACGAUGGGCUGCAUAUGGUGUCGUGCAUGAUCCACACAUGCGCAAUCUGGCACUGAAGUUCAUUAAAAAACUGGGACAAGUGAUGCACUCUGUGGUCGUAAAUGAGCGGAGCCUGCAAUUAGUAUAUGUUAUUGGUCCACCUCAUUCUGAUAGGCUCCAUGAGUAUGAUUUUGGGCCUCAAGAUCUGCAAAGCUUGGGUGAUGCUGUGGAUGGUUACUCCCUCAUGACUUAUGACUUUUCAAAUCCUCAAAAUCCGGGUCCCAAUGCACCACUGAAGUGGGUCCACUCUACAAUGCAGCUGCUCCUGGCGGAUGGAUCUCAGAAGUUCUCUCACAAAAUAUUUUUAGGCAUCAACUUUUAUGGGAAUGAUUAUGUUCUUAAAGGAGGUGGUGGUGGCGGGGCUAUUCUUGGAAGAGACUAUCUUUCGUUGUUGGAGAAUCAUAAGCCUGAGCUGAAUUGGGAUAAGAAAAGCGGAGAGCAUUUCUUCUUGUAUUCGACAGAUGGUAAUGAUCAACAUGUGGUGUUCUACCCGUCCCUUUUGUCCAUUGAAAUGCGGCUGGAUGAAGCUCGCUCCUGGGGUGCUGGCAUUUCCAUUUGGGAAAUUGGUCAAGGUUUAGAUUAUUUCUUCAAUCUUCUGUAACACUUUUUUUGUACUUUUUUCCAACAUUUUGUAGCUUAAAAAUUGUAUCAUCAAAUUUCAUUAUAGUGCUAGUAUGUUUUGUACAGGUUUGUGUA